AUGGAUAUGAUGAUCAUUUUUAGGGAUAAUAAAAAGAGACCUUUAUUUUAUUCUUCCUUUGUGCAUAUGAUAUUGGAAAUCAAUGGAGUUGUGUCCAAGGAAGAAGACUUGGUAGGUGCUUCGUUGAUUAUGGACGAGUAUGUGGUCUCCAAAAUGAGAUAUUAUAGGGAUACUACUGGUAUGUAUUAUUAUUUGGAGAAAUAUGGCAGGAAAAGUUAUGAUGACCAAAUUGUUGAGCCUAAAAAGGAUUCUAAUGAUGAGGCAGGUGAUCCUUCAAACAUUGGUACUACUUCUUAUGCAUAUGUUAAUGUGAAGACGCUUCUUGAUGUCAUGCCCCAGAAGUUGUUGGUUGACAUUUCAAUUAGGGAGGAUAGGAUCAUGGCAUGCAUUGAUGCAAUGGCUCAUGGUAGUGAGGACAAUAAGUCCAGGAUGAGGGAAAAUUUGAGGGCUGAGGUAAAAUAUGAGAUUCUAGUUGUUGAGGGUCGUAUGAUAACUCAAAUUGAAGCAUUGAAGACCUCUGUUGAUUACCUUGGUGGUAAUAAUUUCAUUUUCCAUCAUUCAUUUGUUGAUGCUACAACAAAUGUUAGUACUCUGGUUCCGAGUGGCACCGAUGUUGCACCACAUCCUCUUUCAUUUUAA